AUUCAAAAGAACUGAGACUCAUUCUGGUUGGAAAAACUGGAUCAGGAAAGAGCGCAACUGGAAACACCAUCCUGGGACGUACAGACUCCUUUAAAGUGGACAUGUCACCUGAAUCUGUGACUCACAGCUGUGACAGACAAGAGGUAGAACAUGGUGGCAGGAACGUUGUUGUGAUCGACACCCCGGGGCUGUUUGACACUAAAAAAACACAAACAGAAGUGAAAGAACAAAUUGAGGACUGUGUUAGGAAGUCCGUUCCUGGCCCCCAUGCUUUCCUGUUAGUGAUCAGCCUGAAGUCUAGAUUCACACAAGAGGAGAGGAACACGGUGAAGUGGAUCCAGGAUAACUUCGGCUCAGACGCUUCCAUGUACACCAUAGUCCUGUUUACUCACGCUGACCUGCUGGGGAGUAAAUCUGUGAAGGACUAUGUGGCAGAGAGUAUUCAUCUGAAAAGACUGAUUAACCAGUGUGGUGGAAGAUACCAUUCACUCAUCAACGGCCAGAAAGAAAGCACAGACCAAGUAAGAGAACUUCUAGAUAAAAUAGACAAAAUGGUGACAGACAAUGGAGGAAGACACUACACGAAUGACAUGUAUAAGGAAGCCCAGAGGAAACUAGAGGAGGAAGCGACAAAACUGAGAGGGAUUCCUACUCACAGCUGUGACAGACAAGAGGUAGAACAUGGUGGCAGGAACGUUGUUGUGAUCGACACCCCGGGGCUGUUUGACACUAAAAAAACACAAACAGAAGUGAAAGAACAAAUUGAGGACUGUGUUAGGAAGUCCGUUCCUGGCCCCCAUGCUUUCCUGUUAGUGAUCAGCCUGAAGUCUAGAUUCACACAAGAGGAGAGUGACACGGUGAAGUGGAUCCAGGAUAACUUCGGCUCAGACGCUUCCAUGUACACCAUAGUCCUGUUUACUCACGCUGACCUGCUGGUGAGUAAAUCUGUGAAGGACUAUGUGGCAGAGAGUAUUCAUCUGAAAAGACUGAUUAACCAGUGUGGUGGAAGAUACCAUUCACUCAUCAAUGGCCAGAAAGAAAGCACAGACCAAGUAAGAGAACUUCUAGAUAAAAUAGACGAAAUGGUGACAGACAAUGGAGGAAGACACUACACGAGUGACAUGUAUAAGGAAGCCCAGAGGAAAUUAGAGGAGGAAGCGACAAAACUGAGAGGGAUUCCUGUAUGUAAAGCACUAAAUGUUAUUUCAACAGUAGGUUUUACUGCAGCAGUGUAUUUUUCUUCACCUGUCGGAGUAGGAGCAGCUGUAGCAGUCAAAGCUGCUGAAAUGUACGCUUGCUAGAUGACUAGUAGAUAGGUUAUGUCACUUAGGUCGAAGACCUUGUGACGAAUAGAGUAAGGUGAAAGAAACUAUAAAUGACAUCUAAGAAUGAGACAAGUAACAACUUUAAGUAGUUUGACAAGAGGCCCAUCAGCUUAAUUCAAAAUAAAAAAUAAAAAGUGAUUGUGAAUGCUUUAUUUGUUAGUGGCUAUGAGAAAUGUGCUUCAUGCAUCAAUUGCUCUGUGUGUUAUUUGUUUGAAAAAUAUGUACAAUUUUUUCAAUAAAGUCUGAAAUGCA